GCAGCCGAGCUGGGCUCACGGCGAGGGAGGGGAAGCGAGAGGGGAGAGCGAAGCAGACGGCAGACAGGCUCACCCAACCCAAACACUGCAACAGUGAAAAGUCGUGAGGACAGGCAGGGAAAAAGAGUGUGGAGACAGGAGGAGAAAUGGGACAGGGGCAGAAAGGUUCCUCAGACAAGAAGGAGGGCGAAAAGAAGAGAGAUGACAGCCCAGCGCCGGAGGACGGCCAUAAGUGCAGAGUCUGCCGCUUCCCUCUGCUUGUUGCCCUGCUCCAGCUGCUGUUGGGGGUGGCUGUCAUGGCCGUGGCCUUCCUUAUGUUGGCUAUCAGCCCCUCACUUUUGGCCAGGGAGACGCCACACUGGGCUGGGAUCAUUCUGUGUCUAGUCUCCAUCCUGGGCUUCAUCCUGUACUGUAUCACCUACAUCCCUGAUGAGAGGACAUCUAUGCAAUUCGUUAUUAAGCUCCUAUACUUUAUCUUGUGCACAAUUGGCCUGGUCAUAUCAGUGCUGGUCGUGGCGUUCGCCGGGCACCACUACUCGCAGGCCAGCAGCUUCACGUGCAAGCAGGAGGGAGAGGACUGCGUGUGCACCGUGAACCGCGACGACCCCAUCGCCCGCACCUUCACCUACGAGGGGGUCACCGACUGCGAGGUCAUCACCGGGACCCUCCCGCUCUACUUCCUGCUCCAGAUCGUGCUGAAUCUGGCCCAGGCCCUCGUCUGUGCUGUCGGGGCCUUCAUCAUGUGGAAGCACCGCUACCAGGUCUUCUUCGCCGGUCUGCAGAUUGGCUCUCCCUACACCCAGCAGUGGCAAAAAGUUUAACACCUCUUUUUUUUGGUCCGCGUGCCUUACGGGCAGAUUUGGUUAUAUUAGCGUUUUGUGGGUUUUGUACUAUAAUGGCUUUUUGCACACCUUUUGUAUACCCUUUGAGUAACUUUGUACAUGUGUGGUGGCAGAUGUAAAGAUUUUUUUUGAAAAACAAUUACUUCAUGGUCAUGAAUGAUUGUGGCAUACAGCUAGUGUACAUGUUCCAGAAAAAUAAGAACCUCUGCACUGAAAAUGAAUCUCUCUGAAAAACAA